AUGAUGAGGCCAUCAAAUGAAAGAGAAUGUUGGAGGCUCAAAGAAGAAAGGAAAAGAAGACACGCUCCUAAUAAAAGAAAAGAAAGAAAAGGGAAAACUAUGAUUGCAUCUGCAGAUGCCAGUUUUCCUCUUUCUUUUCUUUAUAAGAGCGUGUCUGUGGCCCUGAUGGCCACCAUUCCUUUGCAAGCGAUCCAGACAGAGCUUCUCUGCAAAGAGAAAAUGAAGCUCUUUUGUCUGGAUCUGAUCUUGCAAAGGAAUGAUCCGUGCGAUCCAAUGGUCCUGAUCAUGAUGAAGAGCUCAACAUCAGGUUGGCGCUACAGCGCAGCUCUUCAUUCAGGAUCAUAG